GCAACACUACUGAAUCUAUCUCAUCACAAUCAUUCUCAAUAUAUUUCAGGUUUUUGCACAAAUUCUCAAUUAUGGCGUUGAACAACGUUAACAUUCUGACCGUGACAGUGUUGAUCCUCAUGGUGGUGACUUCAGAGAUGGUGGUGUUUGAAGCGGAGGCAGCAGGAGAGUGCGGGAGGACUCCGAUAGGGUCGGCGGCGGCAAGCCUGGCACCGUGCCUGGCGGCGACUCGGAACGUGAGGGCGAGGGUGCCGCCGGCAUGUUGUGCCAGAGUAGGUGCCAUGAUUAGGAUGUCUCCGAGAUGCCUCUGUGCAGUGCUGUUAUCACCCAUGGCACGGAGCGCCAGGAUUAAUCCCGCCAUUGCUGUUACUGUUCCAAAGCGAUGCAACAUCAGGAACCGACCUGCUGGCAAGAAAUGUGGAAGAUACACCGUUCCCUGAAAUGAGAAGCAAAGGGUAACGUU